AUGCUUUGUAAGGUCAAAUCCGUGAUUUUUGUCUAGAAAUUUGACUUUCUCAAUGGUUUGCAGACCCAUCAGCAGGCCUACUGUCGUCUCAUGUCCGAUAAAAAGAAUGGAUUCUGUUUUUGCAUUCCAAAGUUGGUCGUUGGGAACUUUUCUAGAUAUUUUUGGGGAAUAAUUUCAGGGUACCUGAAGGUCAAAAGUACCAAAUUGUAACCCUGCCACCUCAAACGCCAACUACCACGGAAACUACGACGACGAUUGAUACUACAUAUAGCACUACGGAAAACCCUACAUCGUCCCAAGAUUUGGUUUCUACGACAGCCUCAACAUUUUUCGAUACGAAAAGUGAUCCUACCGAAACAACUGAUAAUGCGUAA